AUGCAGGAGCUGUACAAAGAGGCCAGGCUAAUGCGGCAAUAUCAACACAUAAACGUAGUGGGAUUCUUUGGAAUGGUUAUGGAAAAUGACAAUGUGAUGAUUGUAAUGGAAAUGGUAAAUGGAGGCGGCCUUGAUCAUUACCUGAAGAAGAAUACUGUCAGUAUUCCCGACAAGUGUUCCUACGCGUUCGACGUUGCCCUCGGUCUCUAUUACCUACAUAGCAAACGAUGCAUGCACAGGGAUUUGGCAUGUCGAAAUUGUCUAAUUGAUACACAGAAGAAUAUCGUGAAAAUAUCGGAUUUUGGACUUUCCAAGCAGGCUGAUUCCUACAAGAUUCUACCGACGGAAAAAAUUCCUACAAAGUGGCAAGCUCCAGAAGUCGUUGCGACGCAUAUCUACACACGUGAAUGUGAUGUUUAUUCGUACGGGAUACUCGUCUGGGAGAUAUUCAACGACGCUAAAAUGCCAUUCGAGGAAUAUGAUAACAAAACAGUUCGCCAACGACUGUCUGAUCCAAAGUUCCGACCUCCUCUCUCCGAGGAUCUGCCGGACGAAAUUCGCGUGGUAGUUACUGCAUGCUGGUCAGCGAUGCCAGAUAGCCGGCCAGUGAUGAAGGAUGUAGCCUGGAUUCUGAAGGGAUUUCAAAAACAUAAGUAA